ACAUUAUCGUUGAUUCUCUCUCUCCAACUUCGUUGAAAAUAUGCUCCGGCAAUCGGACGGAAAAAGGGCGGGAAUUUCGCAGAAGCGAUGGAUUCCGUCUACAGAGUGCAGAGAACUUUGGCAAUUGGUGGAUAGAAAAAUAAAUAGACUGAGAAAGAGAGAAGGGGGAAAAUAUCUUCUUCCACUCAACUCAAGGGAGGUAGGUAGAAAAAUAUUCAGGAAGGAAGUGGUAGUGGAAGUGACGGGUUCAAAUAUCCAAACUCAAUCGAGAAAGCAAGCGCGCGAAGAUAUUUGUUUUCUUUCCAUCCAAUCUGGACCCAUAAACAGAGUUGGGAACAUGGGUAAUCUUUUUUGCUGCAUAAAAGUCGAGCAAUCCACAGUAGCCAUCAAGGGGAGAUUUGGAAAGUUUGAUGAAGUACUUGAGCCAGGAUGCCACUGUAUGCCUUGGUUCCUUGGGAGUCAACUGGCUGGACAUCUCUCUCUAAGGUUGCAACAGUUAGAUGUGAAGUGUGAGACCAAGACAAAGGACAAUGUAUUUGUCAAUGUUGUGGCAUCAAUUCAAUACCGGGCCCUAGCUAACAAGGCAAGUGAUGCCUUCUAUAAACUAAGCAAUACAAGAAUCCAAAUCCAGGCCUAUGUUUUUGAUGUGAUCAGAGCAAGUGUGCCAAAGCUCAAUCUAGAUGAUGUUUUUGAGCAGAAGAAUGAAAUUGCAAAAGCUGUGGAAGAAGAACUUGAAAAGGCUAUGUCUGCUUAUGGGUAUGAGAUUGUACAAACACUAAUUGUUGACAUAGAGCCUGAUGAACAUGUAAAGCGGGCAAUGAAUGAAAUUAAUGCUGCUGCGAGGUUGCGGGUGGCAGCAAAUGAAAAGGCAGAGGCAGAGAAAAUUAUACAAAUCAAACGAGCUGAGGGUGAAGCCGAGUCCAAGUAUCUGUCGGGUUUGGGUAUUGCUCGUCAACGCCAGGCAAUUGUGGAUGGCCUGAGAGACAGUGUGCUAGGGUUUUCAGUCAAUGUGCCAGGAACCACGGCGAAAGAUGUUAUGGACAUGGUUCUUGUCACGCAAUAUUUUGAUACUAUGAAGGAAAUCGGUGCUGCCUCUAAAUCCUCCGCAGUUUUCAUCCCACAUGGACCUGGGGCGGUUCGUGAUAUAGCAACCCAGAUAAGAGAUGGACUACUUCAGGCAUCCUCUCAUCAACAUUAGAACUACGGUUUGUUUUUUGUCUACACAGGAUUUCUCGGUACCUGGGUUUGUCUUUUCAGAAUUUGUAUAGAAUAAUGGUUUGAUAUGAUUUAUUUCUUUGUUUCUUUAUUUCUUUUCUUUCUUUGUGUGAGUGGGGAUGUAAAAGAAAAAUURACUACUUUUUUUUUUUCUUUUGGCAUUGUGAAUACUUGGGAUGCAUGUAACUUCCAACCUUGAUGAUGGUCAGCAUAUUAUCUACAUGUUACGUGUCCAACAA